GUCCUUGAAGUUUCUAUGUAUGGCUUCGAAGGAAUGAGCUGCACAGGUGAGGUUGGCAUCUCACCAGUCUUGCUGCAGGUUAUUUCACAUACCCUUACAUCUUCUGAGGUGAAUUCUGAAAAUUGUCUAAACAAUAAUUCUCAUGAAAAACACCGCGACACCAGUGGAUUCAGAUUACAGGAAUGCAAAUCGAAGGAUAUUAAGCCUAAUAUCUUGCAGGUCAAUGCAAACCAAAAUUCUGAGAAGAAAAUACUCCCUAUUCUACAUGGGCUACACCAACCCACAGAAUCUCUCAUCAGUCAAGUUCAAAUGGAUUCUAAUGGCAUCACAGAAAAUGUCACGGAGACCACUCCAGAUCUAAAGGCAAUGCUUAAACUAAAACUUGAUCAGGGAGCAAAUGUGAAACCCAAUUCAAAUUCAGUGUUAUUCUCACAGAGUGACCCAAAUGUUGUAAAUGUAUUUACAGCAAUAAACAACAAUGAGAAUAAAAGCAAGAAUCUGGUUUUUGAAUUAAAUCAAACCAUUAAGAUUGAUGGAGUGAAGUGUGGUGAACAUGAAGAGGUUAUAGUGUGUUUCAAUCGAGACAGUUCUUCAGUGCCAUCUCCUGAUAAUGAUGUUAUAGUCUCAGACUCUGACAGCGGCAUUGUAGAUGCCUCCAAGAAAAGACAUUUACCUCCAACAAGCGAUCAGGAAUCACAGUCUUCUCCAUUGAAGUAUACUCGUCUUGAAGAAGAUGAAAGUGGCAGAGGAGAUGAGGAAAACAGCAACAGUACCUCACAGUCUGCCUCUAACAUUCAUGCAGUCUAUAUUCAUCCAGAAGAAAUUGUAUCUUUAAAAAUUCCAGUUUCUUCAGUGACCAAUAGCAAUUCUCCAUCUAAAGAUGCCAUAGACAAAGAAAAUUGUCCAAUCUGUAGUGACAAAGUAUCUGGUUACCAUUAUGGUAUCUUCUCUUGUGAAAGUUGUAAAGGGUUCUUCAAGCGUACUGUACAGAACAAAAAAGUAUAUCAGUGUCAUCAGAAAAACUGUUGUGAGAUAAAUGUCUACAAUCGAAAGAAAUGUCCUGCUUGUCGGUUUAAUAAAUGUCUUGAAAGUGGUAUGUUAUUGGAAGCUAUCCGUCUUGAUCGUACACGUGGUGGUAGAAGUUCAUAUGAUGGCUGUUCACCGCAUGGUCGUACACGUGAUAUUGUUGACAAACAGAAACUUCAGAAAUUGACCACAGUGAAACCCAACAGUCAUCAUCAACAACAGCAGCAUUCCCAACGGUCAGUGACCAUUCCAAAUAUGGCAAUACAGAAAGUUGGUCAGAACAAGGCUAGUCAGCUUGUUGCUAUACUAAGCCGUAACAGUAGUUCUGAUGACAAAAAACCUUUUGUUCCACAGAUUCUUACAGACAUUAUGAAUUUAGAAUCAUUACUCUGUGAUGAUGAACCAAACACUCAAAUUCUAUUGGAAGACCCAACAAGUUACACUUCUCUGAUGCAAAUCACUGAAGAUCGUCUUUACAAAAUUGUACGCUGGGCCAGGAAUCUUUCUCAGUUUGCAUCAAUUUCUACUGAUGAUCAAAUACUGCUACUUCAGAAUUGUUGGUCAGAUCUUCUUCUGCUAGAGUGCUGUUACCGAUCUAAAGAGAAACCAUCUGAAAUCCGCCUUGCUCAAGGAGCCACUCUUUCAGUGAAAACAGCAAAAUCUCUUGGUCUGGGCAGUGUAGUGUCAAUGGUUGUUGAGUUAGCUGAGCAGUUAAACCGACUUAAAGUAGAUCUUUAUGAAUUUGUUGGUCUGAAAGUAUUGGUGCUCAUCACUCCAGAUGUAAAGGGUUUGAAACAUCCAGAAACAAUCAGAGAACAUCAAGAAAAGCUAUGUGAAGCAUUGGAUAUGUACACGGGUAGCCAUUACCCUCAACAUCCAAACAAAUUUGGAGAAAUGAUCCUUACUUUGCCCAUCUUGUCUCGUAUCAGCAUUAAAGGAAAAGAACUCAUAACAGACACUCAGCUUAAUGACAUUUCAUCAUAUGGGCUUCUCUAUGAACUGCUGAAGGGGGAGAAUGCUACUAAAGAAUCUCAUAGCACUCCAGAAAAUACUUGAAACAUUGCAGAUUGAAAUUCAAUUUGUUUUUAUUCCUGUUACAGUUUGGUUCUCUAAUGGGUUUUUUUUUUUUUUUAUCUCUUCAAACUGUCGCUGUCGAUAAUUAUAUCAUGUCACUUCAAAAUAUUCCUAUGGGCAAAAAUCUCACCACCUCAUUUUUGUAAUAUUUUUUGACUGUAAAAUGCGUGUGUGUGUGUGUGUGUGUGUGUGUGUGUGUGUGUGUGUGUGUGUGUGUGUGUGUGUGUGUUGCAACUUUGUUUAUCACUGCUUAAUUAUUUUACAAAUUUCUCUACUGAAAAUUAUUUAUGUUCAUAAUUUCCAUAAUGUAAUGACUUAUGUUUUUUUUUUCUGUCAUUAAUUAUUAUUAUUAUUUAAUGAAGAUUAUUUUCCAAAUGUAGCAGUGUUGUGAUUCACCAAACAUUCGUAACGAGUAAAUUUCUUAUUUAGAGGGCUAGUCUAAAUACUUUAAAAACAAAAAAAUUAGAUGCUUUUUUUUUUUAGCCACCAAAUUGAGUUUUUAAUAGACAAAUUUUAGUGGAUUUCUAUUUUUUUGUUUAGAGGAAUUAUUGAUUAGUAUUUUGUUUGUUUUUAUAAAAUGAAUUCUGUAUUUGUUUUAGUCUAGUAUUGUAAUCAUUAAAAAAAAACAAAACAAAAAAAACUCAACUCUCAUUUCUCUGCCACCACAUUUCAUAUAACCUUAUGUCUGAGAGGCUUCUUUCCCUAAUGUCAAAUUAAACUGUGGUUUAAAAUCAGUUUCUUUUAAAUAAAUCAGGUAAUUAAUAUUCAGAAAUAACUAUUGAAUUUUAAAUGAUCUGACAUUAGUACACAAGUGUCUUGAAGGUUAAGUUUCCAGGCAAGAGAAAUUAUUGUAAAAUAUAUCAUGUAAAUACAUUUGAGAAGCUUACGGUAAUGUUCUUGUGAUAAAUUCGUUUAAAUGAAAAUUUAUAAUUUCAUAUGCGCAUACAUGAGGGGGUUUUUUGUUUCGUUUUGUAUUUUUUUUUUCUCUCGACUAAAAUAUCUUCCCAAUUUGGUUGAAGGUCAGAGCUGGAAUCUGUACAGUUUUAUCAACAUUUUAAGCUUGAUUGGUGCAAAAGAGUGAAAAAGUGAAUUAAAAUGUCAACAUUUGUCAUUGGCAAUCAUUCAGAUACAAAAAUAUAUCAUCAGUUUUCAUUUUAAACUAUAUUUUUAUGAUUCAGACAUUUUUUUAAAAGUCAGUGUUUAGAAAUUUUGGGAAUCCAAAUGGGAAAAAUGGUCAAACUCGCUCACAAAUUAAGAAAAGUAAAAAUGUGUUUCUGCAAAAACCAAAAAUAUAAAAAAAGAAAAAAGAUGGCAGUGAUCAGUUUCAUUUUCUGUUGCCAUGGUUGCAUGUAUUUUUAUGAAACUCACCUGCAUUUUUAAUUAUCUAUACACACAAACAUGCAUGUAUGUGUGAGAGAGAGAGUGUGUGUGUGAGUGACAGGAUGAGAGAAAAUUUGUACAGUGUCCCUAACAUACAUUUUUAUUAUUUCAACUUAUAAAUGAUCUAAAACCCUAAUCUUUCCACAGUAAAUAACAGAAUGUUACUUGAAACAAUUUAUAAAAUCUCAGUCGGGAUUUUUUUCUCAUUUUUUUUUUUACAUUGUCAAACUCAGCUCUAACUUUGUAAAAGUUCUGAGGCUUUAUAAAAAGUAAAAACAAUACAAAAAAAAAUCAAAUGAAAAAAUUUGAUUAUAUUUUUAUGGUUAGAAAAUAAAUUCAAUAUUAUUUCUAUACAUGUCCUUGGUUCCCCCAUAUAAUUACUGAACAUCACAGUACUGUUUGUAAAUCUUACAGCAUUAUACUGGUUAUUUUAUAUGGUCAAUUGUAAAUUAACAGUUUGUGUUAGACAAAACCCAGGCAGUUUUCCUUCAACAGAUUUAUGGCACAAAUAUAUCUGAUCAAGAAAAAACAUUUAAUUGGUGUAUCUAGCUUUGGCUGUUCUAUUUCUAUCAUGGCUAUUCUGAUUUAAGACUUUAAAACAUUUUGAAGAAUGUGUGGAGUUUGUUGGUUGCUACAUCAAGCAGCUGAAAUAAGUGUAAAAGCCAUCUUGCUAGUUUAUCUAUCUCUUCAAUUAGCUGGCUAAUAGGCUUCAGAAACUAAACGUAAGUAGUUUCAAUCCUAUUUGAUGACAGCUAAAAUGUUAUUUACUCAUCCUACUGAUGUCAGGAUGGAAAGUGGAUAUUAGAUAAUGAUAAUGAUGAUCUAUUGGCCAUAGAAAACUCUAAAACACUUUCUCUUCCAAGUCAGUGAAGUUCAGUUCAUAGUAUACAAAUUAACAUUCACUGUGAGGCCUUGCAGCAGUCGUAGGUUAGGAGUUACAUUGCUUUGCUUUGAACUAUUGUUCAAGGUCAUUUACAGUAACUGCAGAUAUUAUUAUUAUAGCGGCAAGCUGCCAGAAUCGUCAGCACACCAGGCAAAAUGCUCAGCGGCAUUUCGUCUGUCCUUACAUUCUGAGUUCAAAUUCCACCAAGCUCGACUUUGCCUUUUAUCCUUUCAGGGUCAAUUAAUUAAGUACCAGUAUAACACUGGGGGAGGUCGAUGUAAUCAGCUAGUCCCCUCCUCCACAAAAUUUCAGGCCUUGUGUCUUUAGUAGAAAGGAUUAUUAUUUAUUAUUAUUAUUAUACAAACUUGUCCUGUUAACAUCAUUAUAUUUUAUUGAAUUCAAAUUGAAUAUUUGAUGACCAUUUGAAUUUGGAAUGAUUUGAUUAAACAGCCAUAAAAUUAUGUUAAGUUCCCAGAAAACUGUAUUUACAAUACAGAUUCACUCUAUUAAUAUGGUUUUCUUUUAACUUCUUUGUACCUAUAAUUUCCAGCCACAGUCAGUAGCAUGGAAGGUAAUGGCUACGCUGGGCUGGCUGGUCCAUGGCACAUUUACAUGAACAUAAAGACUAUGGUUGUGACCCAACAACACACUAAUGGUUAGAGGACAUUUUAGUUGAAUUUUUGGAUAAUGAACAGCUGUUAGAACUAAUAGUUAGUUAACUAGAAUUGCUGAGUGGAAACUAUAGCCUAUAAAAUUACUUCUUUUUUUUUUCAAUGUAGAAGAGAUAUGGGUAUAUUAUUAAUAAUUUCCUUAAAUAUUAGAAUUAUUGUUCAGCUAGAGCAAGAGUUGGCAAACCAGGGUAAAUUACCCCAAGUGGGGGUAAAAAUGAAAUUCUUGGAGGUAAUGAGGACUCAUUAGACAUAAGUAAAAUUAUAUAAAAAAUGUGUUCCUUGUUACGAGAGAAAUUUUUCUUCUGGCAACACUGCUUCUGUCCAAUGUAAUGGACAUGUAAAUCGAUUCAAUAAACCUUUUGAAUUCAAAGAAUCUAGGAUUUUCUUCCAUUCAAAUCAAGGAGGUAAAAUCGGCGUAAAUAUAUUUUGGGUUAAUUGGUUAAAAAAAGUUCCCCGACCCCUGAGCUAGAGAAUGAAAUGAGGAAAUAUAACAGAUAAAUCAAAUAUGAUGUUUAAUAGAGAAUGUUGAGAGAACACAAUAAUAAAAAAGGUAACUAAGAAACUGUUUCAUAGGGAAAUGUAUUUCAACAUACCUAGAGUUUUAGGUAUCAGACUUGAAAAUUCUGGUAAAGCAGUGGACCCAAGGAUGGAGUUACACAUGUCAAAAUGUGUGUCAAAUAAGAAAUACCGCCAAUAACCAGUCAAGAGAGCCUCUCUAGGGUUACCCAACUUGCAAGAAAUAGAAGUGAAAUCUCACAUUGUGCUUGAAAAAAAUGAUGGGAUGGUCAUGUUUGGAGCAUCUUGAUCGUAAAUCUGAAUCUUUUCUUGUCCAACCAUGACUGGGAAUGAACAAUUUUCAUAUAAGUCAUACUUUGCUUAGUGUUUAGAAUGUCAUCCAUAACUCAACUAUUUCUCUUUUGUUUUAUAAAAUAAAAACAUGGCUGUCCAUACGUUAAUGAAGAUUUAUAGGUUUGAAUAACCAGUUUUAUGACAUUUUGUAAUAAAGUUUAAAUAACUAGAUAUUGCCUUAAAUGGCUUUGAUCGAUGGAAACAAAUUAUGGAAGCAAUUUUUAACUGUGGUCAUAAACACGUCAUUUUUGUAUUUCAUUUUGGUUCUUUUUCUUUUUUUUAAAUUAACAAUAUCAUUCCUAUUUAAAGAUUUUCUGAAAUACUUUCUAAUCUUAUAAAAUAAGUAGAGUUAUAAAUAUUUCACUAUGUUUGUAUAGUGUUUUCUAUUUACUAAUACAUAUAAUAGUGGUUCGUUGUGACUAGGUACAAAACGAUGUUAAUAAACAAAAUUAAAGGUGACUGACCUAAGAUGAUGACCAAUUGUAAUCAAAUUUUACAAUGGAUUAAAUUAGUUGGAAAUUCUUAACUUGAUUAAGGUUUAAACAUAGUUCAGUAUAUUAUACAAGAUAAAUGGAGCUUAGUGUGUUGUCAGAAGAAAGAAGUGUUCCAAAGUUGAACUUCCUAAACCAAAUUCUAUAUUUUUUCUAACCACGUUUUGUGUGUGCAUGUAUUGUGUCAAGAAGAAGUAGAAGGUGUUUGUAAUUUUCUUAUUUGUCAGAAAAUAAUCAAGAAUUCCUUUUAUAAAUCAUUUGUAUUUCUGUACGUAUGGUUGAGUUAUGUAAACCGCUGUCUACUCUAUGGAAUUAAAGAUUUGUUUGUUUUUUUUUA